CCGCGCGGCCGCGCACCCGCGUCGCCCCGACACCCUCAGCGGCACGGCCUCUGCGUGCGGGCCGGGGGCGUGCUGCGCUGCCCCGGCGCCCCCGGCGCCCCCUCCCCGCGAUGCGCCCGCCGCGCCCGCGCCAACGUCAGUCGACUCCAUGAUGUCUCGCGGAGGGUUGGUGCCCCUGGCCGGGCCCCUGGCCGGGCCUCUCGGCUCGCUGGGCCCGCUGGCCGCCCCCCUUGGCCUGUUCCACCACCUGGACCCACACCGGGACGCCGGCCCCACCACGCCGCCGCUCUCCAUGACCACCAUCGAGGACCUCGCCUACCACUACCGCUACAGCCUGUACCAGUUUCUGCCGCCGCUGCCGCCCCCGGGACUCGGGCUGCCGGCGCUGCCCGGGGGUCUAUCCCAGGGGCUGUCCUGCUACGAGCCGCUGUCCUUGCUGUCGUGCACGCCGCCACCACUCGACCUGUCCGUGAAGGCGGUGCCACCAACGCCCAUCACACCGCCGUCCACGCCAUCGCCCGCCUCGCCCACCAGCCGCAAGCGCAACGCUUUCGGCAUCCCCCUCAGCCACCCCGCCCUGACGCCGGCCAAGCUCGACCUCAGCAACAACAACGAUGAGAGCGUCAUCAACCACAACGUGUCGCCGAGCGCGCCGUCGUGCCCCGCGCCGAGCAGCGUCGCGCCGCCGUCCAAGCGGGGGCCGCCGUCCAGCGCGUCCAAGUCCAGCGGUGGCACCCCGGCCAAGAAGACCAAGGCCGUCCGGAAGCUGACGUUCGACGAGGACAAGAGCUCCCCCGUGUCCGGCACCAUCAUCCGGGACAUCGACGAAGUGGUGCAGGAGCACGGUGACUCGCUCGUGGUGCGCAAAGGUGACAUCGACCCGGCCUUCAACGUAGUGGAAGUGACCGAGGAGGCCAAGGCCGAGCUGGCAGCCAUCGAGAACAAGAUCGGCGACUACGUGUGUCGGCUGUGCCGCGAGCUCUACGACGACGCCUUCUCGCUGGCGCAGCAUCGGUGUUCUUGCAUCGUGCACGUGGAGUACCGCUGCCCUGAGUGCGACAAGGUGUUCAACUGCCCCGCUAACCUGGCUUCCCACCGACGCUGGCACAAGCCUCGGCAGGGGGACGCUGUUAAGCCCAAGUCGGACGAGCCCGAGCACCUCACGGAGCACCGGCCCGAGCUGCUCGACGCCAAGGAGGGCGACGCCAAGGAGACCCAGCCGCAGAUCCCGUGCCCGGUGUGCCACAAGCGCUUCCGGCGGCAGGCCUACCUACGCAAGCACCUUGCGACGCACAGCAGCCCGCUGCCGGGCUUCACCAACCUCGACGUGCAGGGGGACGCGCUCAGGGACACCACCCUGGAGGCGCUACCGCUGCCCCUCACCAACGCCGCCGCCGCCAACUGACAUCCGCUGCGGGGGCAGGCCCCUCCGGCCGUGCCCCCCGCCCCCCUCAGCCCCCUCGGGUGCUCCGGAGGCAGCCCCCUGGCGGGGAGCCCUCGGGGGACGCUGGUUGUCCCGCACCCGCUGCCGUUCCACCACCACCUAGGCGUUGGCGUGGGUCCCGACAACUUCUGGUCGCCGCUGCCGCCGCCCGCCCUGGGUGGCGCCCCAAGCUCCGGGCCCGCCCCCGGGCCGCCGCCGCCCCUCUGGAGGUUCCACAUGCAGCUCUGAGCAACAGGCCCGGCCCCAGCCCAGCCCUGUUCAGCCCAGCCCAGGGCCCAACCUGUUGGACACGAUAUGAUAAUCUGGUGAGUCGUGAGGUUUGGUCAUUCCCUGACAAAACUGCCCAUCAUUUCCAUCUCGAGUGCAAUCAAAGUGA